AUGACUUCCUACGCGUCUCAAUACCCGCCGGCUGUUGAGUUUGACCCUGCAUACAAGAAAUUCUUCGAGGAUUUCUACGCUACGUCCGAUACGGCUGAAGCGCAUGAGAAAUACGUCGAUUACUUCACUAAGGAUGCGACGCUCGUCAUGGCCUCCAAGAGGGUAGCGGGCCGAGAAGAGAUUCUGUCCCUGCGCAAAGCCAUGUGGGAAAAGAUUUCUAGCAGGGCGCACAAGCCACUCCAGAUAUUUCCGUUCGGUCCGAACGCAGACGAGGUAAUGCUAUAUGGAACGGUCAAGUACGGCUUCAAGGCAGGGGGUGAGUCUAGCAAAGACUGGGCUGCAAGGGCGCACCUAGUCAAGGAAGCAGAUGGCAAAGUGAAGAUGGAUUUUUAUCAAGUCUACUUGGACACCGGAGCUUAG